GCUUUGUCCAGGAGUUUCACCGUUGAAAAACCAGCUGUGUGAGCAUCUUCACGUAGGGGUCUCGUGUUGUUAUUCAUCGGUGAAUAUCGCUCUCUCUGACAAGGAUUAAAAGGAUUUUUAAUGCAAAUAACUCUAUAUCUUCGGUGAAUGCGCCUAACCUGGACGUGGGAAAAAGCGGAACGGAGAACGGUCAACUUGAUCUAUUUGUCCGGGUUGCUGCAUUCUCCACCGCAGCGAACAACAUCCAAAACCGACUCUUGCAAUGGAAAUAGGAAUCCAGAACUAACAUACAUCCUGUGACCAACUCUUUUCUUCCAGUUUUUCUGGAAACAUUAGGAUGGCGAACUUGAAAAUUGCUUGGGAAAUACUUCAUUUAGAAUAGGCCUACAACUUAUACACAACAAUUUCUUUGGUUUUUUAAAAUGGCUUCUUAGCCUCUGGGAAUAACGGUGUGUGCAUUCAUUAGUUCAAGAAAGUUUAAUAGGAGUGCAUUAACGUCAGUGCAAAUUUGCAGGCUUCGUUGUCCGAUGAUGCUCUAACGUUAGUUGCCGGAGAUGACUCUAGCAAUAUGCUCAGAUUUCAGAGUUAUGUUUCUAUAGCCUAUAAAUAAGCCUAUUUUGAUGUUGAGUGUAUGCAUUAUUACGCGUUAUUACUAGGCUAUCCCAUGCAUACGCCAAUGCUUUGUUUACAAAUGAUGUAUUACCAAUAAGUGACGUAUAGUUGAGUCACUCCAGCUGUUUAAGUGUGAAUAAGGGAGUCUUCACCAGAAAAGUAGACCUUUACCUGUUUCUAAAGUAGAAUGGGUGGGGACUGCCGAGGAAUGCGUCGACGCACAUGGACUAAAUAUUCAAAUACGAGACCCCAGGACAUACAAAUAUAUUUUGGGGCAUUUCUUAUGCUGUACUUGGUGUUUUACACCGAAGCAUCAGUCUCCAAGUCCUGUGAUAAAAAUUGCUUCUCUGGGAAAUGCACCAAUGGGACUUGCGUCUGUGACCAAGGAUGGGUUGGAGACCUGUGUCAACACUGUCAGGGAAGAUUCAAGUUAACAGAGUCAUCGGGUUCCCUCACCGAUGGACCAAUCAACUACAAGUACAAGACCAAGUGCACCUGGCUGAUCGAGGGCUACCCAAACGCUGUGCUCAGGUUGCGCUUCAACCAUUUUGCCACGGAAUGUAGCUGGGACCACACGUACGUCUAUGACGGAGACUCCAUCUAUGCACCUCUGGUCGCAGUAUUCAGCGGUCUCGUUGUCCCGGAAACGAGAGGGAACGAGACUGUUCCGGAAGUGGUAGCCACCUCUGGAUACGCACUGUUGCACUUUUUCAGUGACGCUGCCUACAACCUGACUGGAUUCCACAUCUCCUACUCGGUCAACUCGUGCCCCAAUAACUGCUCAGGCCAUGGGAAAUGCAGCACAGGGAACUCCAUCGCCAGCCGGGUGUACUGUGAGUGUGAUAAGUACUGGAAGGGCGAGGCCUGUGACAUCCCCUACUGCAGGAACAACUGUGGCAGCCCCGACCAUGGCUACUGUGACCUCACUGGGGAGAAAAGCUGUGUCUGUAACGACAGCUGGCAAGGCCCAGACUGUGCUCUGUCAGUACCAUCCACAGAGUCUUAUUGGGUGAUGCCUAAUGUCAAGCCCUUCGGACAGUCUCUGGGCAGGGCCUCCCAUAAGACUGUGGUCCACGGGAAACUCAUGUGGGUCGUUGGAGGAUACACCUUCAACUACAGCUCCUUCCACAUGGUGCUCAAUUAUAAUAUGGAGAGCAGCACUUGGGAUGUGGUGCCAAUCAAUAGUGGUCCUCUGCAGAGAUAUGGCCAUUCUCUGGCUCUCUACCAGGACGACAUCUACAUGUAUGGGGGGAAGCUGGAGGCCGGUUCAGGCAACGUGACAGAUGAGCUGUGGGUCUUUAACAUCCCUAGUCGAACUUGGUCCCUGAGGACCCCGAGCAGUCUGGUCCAGGGACAGCCCUACGCCGUGGAGGGACACUCCGCCCACCUGACUGAGCUGACCAAUGGGGACCUGGUGAUGGUGGUCAUCUUCGGCUACUCACCCGUCUACAGCUACAUCAGCAAAGUGCAGGAGUACAACAUCAGGACAAACUCCUGGCAGGUCCCUGAGACCAACGGGGCCAUCGUCCAGGGUGGCUAUGGCCACAGCAGUGUGUAUGACAGCUCCGGCAGGUGUGUGUACAUCCACGGGGGCUACAAGGCCCUGCCUGCCAACAAGUAUGGCCUGGUGGACGAGCUGUAUCGCUAUGAGGUGCAGACCCGGACCUGGAUGAUCCUGAGAGAGAGUGGUCUGGCACGGUACCUCCACACUGCAGUGCUGAGCAAUGGGGCUCUGCUGGUGUUUGGAGGAAACACCCACAACGACACAUCCCUUAGUAAUGGAGCCAAGUGCUUCUCGGCUGACUUCCUGGCCUACGACAUAGCUUGUGAUGAAUGGAAAGUCCUGCCCAGGCCAGAUCUCCACCGUGAUGUCAACCGCUUUGGCCACACCUCUGUUGUCAGCAAUGGGUCCAUGUAUGUGUUUGGAGGCUUCUCUGGUGUGCUGCUGAAUGACGUGCUGGUCUACACCCCUCCCAGCUGCCAGGCCUUCGAUGAGGAGCAGCGCUGUGACAACGCUGGCCCUGGUAUCCGCUGUGUCUGGUUUAGGGACCACUGUGUCCCCUGGGUCACCGGCCAUGCCAACGGCAGCGUGCCCGCUCCCUUCUGCCCAACACGCACCAAUAGUGAAGACGAGAGGUGCUUCAGGUUCUCUGACUGUGUCAGCUGCACUGCCAACACCAAUGGCUGCCAGUGGUGUGAAGACAAGAAGUGCAUCUCUGCUUCCAGCAACUGCACUGUGUCUGUAAAGAACUUCGUCAAAUGCCAUGUGAGAAAUGAACAUAUCUGCAGCAAGCUGGUCAACUGUAAGAGUUGCUCCCUCAACAUCCACUGUCAAUGGGAGCUUCAGCAACAGGAGUGCCAUGCCAUCCCUGCUCAGCUCUGUGGGGAAGGCUGGCAUCAUGUUGGGGAGGCUUGCCUCAGGAUCAACUCCAGCAGGGAGAGCUAUGACAAUGCCCAGCACUACUGUAAGAACCUGGACGGGAACAUAGCCUCCCUCACCACCGCCAAGCAGGUGGACUUUGUACUGGACGAGCUGCAGAAGUACCAGCUACAAGAGAAGAAGUUAGCUCCGUGGGUGGGCCUAAGGAAGAUCAACAUCUCGUACUGGGGCUGGGAGGACAUGUCUCCCUUCACCAACUCCUCUCUGCAGUGGCUGCCCGGGGAGCCCAGCGACUCAGGCUUCUGUGCCUACCUGGAGAGGGCAGAGGUGGCAGGGCUCAAGGCCAACCCCUGCACCGCCACAACUGAUGGACUCAUCUGUGAAAAACCAGUCGUGAGCCCCAAUCAGAGUGCCCGCCCGUGUAAGGCGCCCUGCUCCCUGCGCACCACCUGUGCCAACUGCACCAGCCAGGCCAUGGAGUGUAUGUGGUGCAGCAGCACCCAGCGAUGUGUGGACUCCAACGCCUACGUCAUCUCCUUCCCCUACGGACAGUGUCUGGAGUGGCAGACUGGAGUCUGCGUCUCUCAGAACUGUUCGGGCCUGAGGACGUGUGGCCAGUGUUUGGAUCAGGCAGAAUGUGGCUGGUGUGGAGACCCCACUAACACAGGGAAAGGCCAGUGUAUGGAGGGUUCAUACCGCGGGCCCAUGAAGAGCCCCUCCAGACAGACCAGAGAAAGGGAGAGUUACCGAGACAUGGUACUGGAGCCUGGUCUUUGCCCCAGAGAUAAAGGGUUCGACUGGGCCUACAUCCACUGCCCUGCCUGCCAGUGUAAUGGCCACAGUACCUGUGUCAAUGGUAGUGCUUGUGAGCAGUGCAGGAACUUGACCACUGGACUGCAGUGCCAGACCUGCAUGCCUGGUUACCAUGGAGACCCCACUAACGGUGGGAAGUGCCAGGCUUGCAAGUGCAACGGACAUGCCAAUCUAUGUCAGGUGUCGACAGGGAAAUGUUACUGUCAAACCAAGGGGAUCAAGGGAGACCAGUGCCAGCUUUGCGACUCCGAGAACCGUUACCUUGGCAACCCCCUCAGAGGAACGUGCUACUACAACCUGCUGAUUGACUAUCAGUUCACCUUCAGCCUUCUCCAGGAGGAUGACCACCACUACACCGCCAUCAACUUCAUGGCCACCCCUGAACAGAGCAACAAGAACUUGGACAUGUCGAUCAAUGCAUCCAACAACUUUAAUCUCAACAUCACCUGGUCUAUUGGAUCAACAGCUGGCACCAUCUCUGGCGAAGAGGUACCCAUUGUGUCCAAGACCAAUAUCCAGGAACACAGAGACAGCUUCUCCUGUGAGAAGUUCAACUUCCGGGUCAACUCCAACAUCACCUUCUAUGUCUAUGUCAGCAACUUCUCCUGGCCAAUCAAGAUCCAGAUCGCCUUCUCCCAGCACAACAGCAUCAUGGACCUGGUGCAGUUUUUUGUCACCUUUUUCAGCUGUUUCCUGUCCCUGUUGCUGGUGGCAGCGGUGGUGUGGAAGGUCAAACAGACGUGCUGGGCAUCCAGGAGGAGAGAGCAGCUCAUGCGGGAGCGACAGCAGAUGGCCAGCCGUCCCUUUGCCUCGGUUGCCGUGGCGCUGGAUGUAAGCGCCGGCCAGGAACAGGAAGAGCUGCUGCAGGGGCAGGUGGAGGGUGUGCCCAAGCCUAUAGCAGUGGAGCCAUGUUGGGGGAGCAGGGCCGGCGUACUGACCGUCCUCUUGUGUCUGCCCAGACUGCCUUCAGGAAUACCCCCACCUGGCCAGUCUGGCAUUGCCAUCGCCAGUGCCCUGAUUGACACCUCGCAGCAGAAACCUGGAGACUUCAAAGAUAAGUACCAUGGCCUGAAGAACCGCAAACUGCACGCAGUAACACAUCAGGGGACCUGUGUUUGAACCGCCUGGCCAAAAGGGGAGCCUGAAUGCACCUGAAAGGACCGCGAACGCUUCUGUUUUAUGACGAGUUCUUGCUCUAUUUUUAUCAGUCUCUCAACAACACGGCGUGCUGAAGUGAACCUGGUGAUAACAGAAUCCCUUUAUUGAGACGUUGAGUGUCAGCAAGCAAAGUGUGCCUCAUCUCCACGCCCUGUAAUGUUUUUUUUYCCAGAGUGACUUGUCUGCUCUCUGGUUGGAUCUCUGCCCAGCCCAGCUGGAGGGUUCUGGACGUCCCAUUGGYUCUCUGCCAGGAAGUUUGUAGUCUGCACUUCCUCCCUGUGAACACAUCUCCUUAAGAGUUCAGGAAGAGUCGCCACUGGAAGUUUGAAUGUCAUGUGACGUGARUCUGAAAGAACAAUGCCAAGGGCCUCUUGCUGGUGAGAUGUGUGCUCAUUUUGAUACAAAGAUAAAAGCUCCUUUAUGUUUUAUUUUAAUGUAUGUUCUGCCCAAGUUCAAUCCAGGCUAAAUGAACAGAGCAGCGUAUGGGUCUAGAUAGAAUAGCUUGUGACUUGACUAUAUGGUUGCCUCACUCUGAGGUAAGGUAUCCUGUGCUGAGGAUUCCUCCCAGGACUUAGCCUACCAGCAGUACAGCAUGUCAUGGCCUAAUGAAGAAGUCGGAUGCAAAGAACAGCGGGAAAAAAGGAAGAAAACUGGUAUAUCAGUAUUGAAACAUGCCUGUGUUUGUUAUGUUUAACUUCAUUGUCAAAGAGCAAUGGCAUAACAUUUAGAAUGGCAUUUAAAUGCAUGUCCUCUCCAUGUUUCAUAUACAGUCAGGUCCAAAAUUAUUAGCACCCUUGAUAAAGAUGAGCAAARAAUACUGUAUAAAAUCAAUAAUACAUAAUACUGCGCUAUAUUGUAUGUAUAUAAAAAAAAAAAGGAGCAUUAUAUGAUUUUAUACUAAUACAAAUGCUCAGAGAAAGAGUUUAAGUAAUGAAAAACAUUCUCAAAAAGAUAGGGUCAAAAUUAUUGGCACCCCUGUUUUGAAUACCUUUAAAUACCUAUUAUAAUAAUAAUCAAAAUAAUKUAUGCCAAAGUUACUUACAGUCGUGUGUGCAUACAUUUUCAUAUGGGUAGUCCCAGCGGGAAAACACACAAUACUUCACCUURCAAGGAUAAUAUGAGAUGAACACAUUGGGAGGGAUCUUAGACCAUUCCUCCAUACAGAAUCUUUCCAGAUCCUUAUGGGCUGCCCUUUUCAAUUCAAACCACAGGUGUUCGACCACAGAUUUCCUGAGACAAAUGACCAUUGCAAAAUGUUAAUUUUGUGGUCAAUUAACCAUUUCUUUGUGGAAUUUGAUGUGUACUUCGGGUUAUUGUCUUG